AUGGGAGAUGUCAACACCCCCUUAAAGGAGUGUGAAAAAUUUGGGAGAAUAGUGGCCCAACUUGGAAGAAGAAUGGAUCUUAUGAAUUUUAUUGAUAAUCAAGCCCUGUAUGAUGUGGAUCUUCAAGGAGCUAAUUUCACAUGGAUGAACAGGCAAGUUGGAGCUGAUCUUAUUCAGAUCAUUUCCCUAUUUAUUUUGUGGUGGAUCUUAUCUUGGGAAGAAGGAACUUUCUGUUCAAGUUUGAGAAAAUGUGGACUUCAUCUUGGUCUUCAAGAGGCCAUUAAGGAUUGGUGGAGCAUUUUGGUGAAUGGCACUGCUAUGUACAGAGUUGCUAAAAAAAUGAGGUAUGUUAAGGAUAUGGUGAAGAAAUGGAAUAAGGAGGUCUUUGGGGAUAUAUUUGCUUCUAAAUCUGCAAUCUGGCUAGAACUCAAAGAUAUUCAAGCGAAGAUCCAAGCUGACAGAUAUAACAAGGUCUCCAUUAAUGCUGAGAAUGAGAUUUUAACAAAAUAUGAUGAUAUCAUCUCCAAAGAAGAGGAGUUAUGGAGGCAAAGCUCUCGAUCUCUUGGGUAG